CUUCGUACUUCUAAUUGAUCCGUAGUAAUCUCUACAACAAGUGCGACUGUACGACUCGCUGCUCUUGCAGGACUUCAGAUGCAGGCGAUACACCGACACUGACCUGCCAAUUCUUACCUGGGACCGACCUAGACAACUGUGCAGCAUCCGUCCGGCGGUGCAAGAGUUACCAGCGAGCCUCGCAUCAAGUCCAACAAGCGCAGCAAUGCACACCGGCGCCGCCGCGAUGAUGUUGACUUUGAGGAUCGGUGGGGUGACGAAGAAAUUGCGGAAGAUGAAGAGGAAGCUCAAUCCGACUUUGCAGAGUCAUCGUCCAAAAGGGUAAAACUUUCGGACGGAUCAGGAUCCCAUCAUGCGAGAGCACCCACCUCUCCACCACAAUCGGUCGAAGAGAAAGCCGAGAGGGAAAGAGAUCAAGAUCUAAAGGAACGUGACGAAUUUGCGAAACGACUGGCACAAAGAGACGAGCAACGCUCGAAGAAAAUUGUUGAAGAUAGGUCGGCACCCAAAGACAGUGUAGCGGCUCAGAGAAGGGCUCUCGCAGAUGAUGUGGCCGCAAGAACAGCUGCGAUGCCAGAUUUGCGCGUACGCUCUAGACAAGAUUACCUGAAAAAGCGAGAGGCCGAGCGCCUGGCCCUCCUCCGGAAGCAAGUUGCAGAAGAGCAGGCAGAGUUAAGGGACAACCCAGACUUGACAAAACGGGAGAAAGAAGAAUUUGCGCGAAACAAAGAGGUUUUGCGGCUGGCAGAAGAGAGACUGAAUAUCGAUGACCACCUGGAUGGCUAUGCUUUACCCGAAGAUUAUAUAACGGAGAAAGGCAAGAUUGAUCGACGCAAAAAGGAACAAGCUCUUUAUCAACGAUACGUCGACCGAGACGAAACUGGUAGGGAACGCUAUGUCACCGAGCACGAGGAGUGGGAGAACGAGCAGACGAAACGCGCCGAAGCACAGAUCAAGCGAGCAGAGUUUGUCGACGAAGGAGACUAUGGCUAUGUGUUUGACGAAAGCCAGCAAAUGAAAUUCAUUGCCUCAGAGACAUUGGGUGGAGAUCUGGGGAAGGGAAUGACAAGAGAGCAGAGGGAAAUGGCUCAAAGAUUGAGUGCGGCGGAAGCAAAAGCCAAGAGCAUCGAGGAGACGAGGAAGAGUCUACCUAUCUAUCAAUUCCGAGACGAAAUCAUCCAAGCUGUGAAGGAUCAUCAAGUCCUAAUCAUCGUUGGUGAAACUGGCAGUGGGAAAACGACUCAAAUUCCCCAGUACCUGCAUGAAGCCGGAUUCACGCAAGGCGGCAUGAAAAUUGGGUGUACCCAGCCGCGAAGAGUCGCGGCCAUGUCUGUUGCAGCACGUGUUGCAGAAGAAAUGGGCAAGCGAUUGGGUAAUGAAGUUGGUUAUGCCAUUCGAUUCGAAGACAACACGACUGAGAAGACGGUGCUCAAGUACAUGACGGAUGGUAUGCUUUUGCGCGAAUUGCUGACAGAUCCGGAGUUGUCUCAAUAUUCCGCCUUGAUGAUUGACGAGGCACACGAGCGGACUGUGAGCACGGAUAUCGCUUGUGGGCUGUUGAAAGAUAUCGCAAGAGCACGUCCUGACUUGAAACUACUCAUUUCCUCUGCCACGAUGGACGCCCGGAAAUUUCAAAAGUACUUUGACGAUGCACCGAUCUUCAACAUUCCUGGUCGACGGUACGCUGUUGAUGUUCACUACACAGCUCAACCAGAAGCCAAUUACCUCGCGGCUGCCAUCACCACUGUCUUCCAGAUACACAUAACGCAAGGUUCUGGCGAUAUAUUGGUGUUCUUGACUGGUCAAGAAGAAAUCGAGGCUAUGGAGGCAAGUCUACAAGAAACGGCUCGGAAAUUAGGGAGCAAGAUCAAAGAGAUGAUCAUCUGUCCGAUUUAUGCCAACCUACCCACCGACCUACAGGCAAAAAUCUUCGAACCCACACCCGCAGGGGCGAGGAAGGUGGUUCUAGCCACUAAUAUUGCCGAGACUUCGUUGACAAUUGACGGUAUUGUGUAUGUUAUUGACCCUGGUUUCGUCAAAGAGAACCAAUACAACCCUCGUACAGGUAUGGAAUCACUGGUUGUUGUUCCCUGCAGCCGUGCGUCAGCCGGUCAACGAGCUGGUCGAGCCGGCCGUGUUGGUCCUGGCAAGUGCUUCCGGUUGUAUACAGCCCAAGCCUACAAAAAUGAACUCGACGAGAACACAACUCCAGAAAUCCAAAGAACCAACUUGACUGGUGUUGUUCUCCUGCUGAAAAGUCUGGGCAUCAAUGAUUUACUGGACUUCGAUUUCAUGGAUCCUCCUUCAACAGACACCCUUGUGCGAGCAGUAGAGCAACUUUACGCACUAGGGGCGCUCAACAACGCGGGCGAGUUGACCAAGAUAGGUCGUCAAAUGGCGGAAUUUCCCACUGACCCUAUGCUUGCUCGGUCGAUCCUUGCCGCUGACAAGUAUGGAUGCGUGGAGGAGGUGCUGUCGAUAAUUGCCAUGCUUGGUGAAGCAUCCGCGCUCUUCUUCCGGCCGAAGGACAAAAAGAUCCACGCGGAUAGUGCCAGGGCGCGUUUCACGAACAAGGAUGGUGGUGACCAUUUGUCGUUGCUGAAUGUCUUCAACGAGUGGGCCGAUUCCGACUAUAGCUUCGUCUGGGCCAAGGAGAAUUUCUUACAGCAAAGAAGUUUGACGAGGGCGCGUGAUGUUCGGGAUCAAUUGGCCCGGCUGUGUGACCGAGUGGAGGUUGACGCAGGCAAAACCUGCGGAGGGCAGUCCAACAUUGAGCCUAUUCAGAAGGCUAUAACUGCUGGCUUCUUCCCUCAUUCUGCCAGACUUCAGCGAGAUGGGCAGAGCUAUCGAACCGUAAAGAAUGGGCAGGUAGUAUACAUUCACCCCUCGGGAGUUCUCAUUGAGAACCAACCGAAAUGGGUAAUUUACCAUGAACUGGUACUGACCAGCAAGGAAUAUAUGAGAAGCUGCAUGCCCUUGAAACCAGAGUGGUUAAUCGAGGUGGCGCCUCACUACUAUAAAAAGAAGGACCUGGAGAGUUUGGGAGUGGAGCGAAAGGUUCCCAGAGGCGAAGGAAAAUCGCAGAGCAAAAUGUGAGCAGUAUGAUGAGUGGAGGGUAUCAAAAAUUGUACCACUGCCAUGUAAUGACUUGUGAAC